AUGGUGAACCUGAGCGAAGAAUGCAAGCAACUCGCCUCUCCCGGCGCUGUUAGCUUUACUUUCUCCCUACUCAUCCUCCUCGGCAUCUUACUGUCAUAUCUACCCCAGCACUACCGUAUCAUCUCACGAGGCACCUCCUUUGGCAUAUCUCCUUAUUUUAUACUGCUGGGAACGACAUCGGGGACGUUUGGAUUUGCAAAUAUCCUCAUUCUCCCAAAGAGUGCUCGCGAUAUCGCAUGCUGCAGUGAUAUCAGUGGCUUUGCUUGUUUUGCUGGCCUUUUAGGCAUCCUCCAGGUCGGCGUCCAGUCGCUAUGUUUUAUCAUCUUCCUUAUUCUUUUUGUUGCCUACUUUCCUCGAACUCCCCUAGCUCCCACUUCAACGUCAGCAACACCCGAGAAAUCGCAUAGUUUCCGGACCGCCUUUAAUGUAGGGGCAAUAUGCAUCGUCCAUGCUAUCUGUGUGAUUAUCCUAGGAUUCACAGUCGUCUUUGGCUAUCCGUCUAGUCGGCAGAUGUGGGCGAAUAUCCUCGGUAUAUCGGCCGCCAUCCUCGCUUCCAUCCAAUAUUUCCCACAGAUAUACACUACCUGGCGUCUACGUCGGGUAGGAAGUCUCAGUAUCCAGAUGAUGUGUAUCCAGACCCCCGGUGCCAUAGUCUGGGCCAUCAGCUUGGCCGAGAGACUGGGUAUGGAAGGGUGGAGCACCUGGGGUGUCUACGUCGUAACUUCGAUGUUACAAGGAACCCUUCUAGUCAUGGGUAUUUGUUUCGAAUACGUCAAUCCCCAGAAGCCAGAGCUUGAGGCCGGAGCCAACAAGCCAACGGACCCCAACGGCCGCUCCUACGGCACCAUCAACGGCACAGACGUCAAUGCUCAAGACGAUGCCAUCUCCGAAGACACCCCUCUCCUACAAGGUUGA